GCUAAUAUCGAGUCGGUGAUAUCGACUUUUGUAGCAAAGAAGAAGAACUUUUUUUGCGAAAACGUCUUGUGGGCUAUAUUUGAGUUUUAAUUAUUGUGAAAUACAGUGAAUUACGUUUAAGAUAAUAAACCAUAGUGUAGGAAAUGUCGUUGUUUCGUAAACCUAAGAAAAUACAGCGGCGCGUGUUCUCCAGUAAUGCGGACGACGAUGACAACGCGACACCCAUGGAGGUAGAUGGUGUCUUAGAAACACCCCCUCCGCCCAUAAUUUCACUAUCCGGCAAGAGAGAUAAAGAUAAAAAUAAGAAAACUAUUAAACAAUCCGAUGACAACGGCAAGCCGAAGGCAUUGCUAAGUUUUGCUGACGAUGAGGACGAUGGGGAAGUGUUUCAAGUGCGUAAAUCAUCGCACAGCAAGAAAGUCAUGCGAAUGCUGGACAAGGAGCGACGUAAGAAGAAGCGCGAAGAGCGAGCGGAGCACACUGGACACAGCGGACACAUGGGUUUUGAGAAUGGUAGUACUCCACAGCAUUUAGAGUCGUCCAGUGCUAUUGCUUCGGGUGCUGGUACUGCCAUUUCUAGUAGAUAUAAAAGUACGUCGAUAGCGAACGACAAUGCGAGCGUACAGAGUAAAAGUAAAAAGUGUGAUAAUGAUAUGAUCCAAACCGAAAUACGCACAGACGACUUUGUGCUUGUGGUCAAGAAGUCAGAAACCCCUGAUGUUGUUUUAAAUGGACGUGCCGCACUUUGUGCUGGUCGUGAUGAUAUGAGUGACGAUGAACGCCUAGACGAUAGGGAUAGUGAUAAAGCGGGACACCGUUUCUCAAAGCCCGAGCACUUGAAACAAAUGCUGGAGAGUGGUUCAAUUCCGGACGCAGCUAUGAUACAUGCGGCACGUAAACGCAGACAGCGAGCGAGGGAACAAGGUGCCGGUGACUAUAUACCAAUAGAGGAGCCCAAAGAACCACCCAAGCUUAGCACACGCUUGCCACGUGAAGAUGUCGAGGGGGAUCAAUCGGAUGAUGAGGAGCGCAUGGAUAUGAACGACAUAACGGGUCGGAAGGAGCGCGAAGAGCGUCGCGAACAAUUCUAUGCCGUUGAGAAUGAUUUAACCGAGGAAGAUUCCGAUCGUGAGAUGCACGAGUGGGAGAAUCAACAGAUACGAAAAGGAGUAACUGGCGCCCAAUUGGUGCACGCACAGCAUGAAACGGUUUUAUCACGUUUUAUGAUAAAGCCAGCAGCGCCUAGUGGCACUGGAGUCAUGGAACUGGAGGAUGUAGUGCCACCAUCAACUUCAACACUGCUGGAGCAGGCCUAUGCAAAGAAUGCCUUCGACAAAAGCAGCACAUUAUCAUCGGUGAUGCGAUCAAGUUUUCCCAAGCCCAAAAAGGAGAAAGCAAAGCCAACGUCUUUGCGUACGCCACAAGAAAUGCGAACUGCCAUCACAACACGCCUUAACGAGCUGCAGGAACGCAACGACGAUCAUAGUGCCACCAUAGCACGCAUUGCAGCCGAGCUAAAAUCAUUGAAGCUGCAACAACUGGAGUGUCAACAGAAUGCGCCAACGGCAGCGGCUAAAUACAAGUUCUAUCAAGAAGUCAAGUGUUAUGUUAAUGAUUUAGUCGAUUGCCUGGCAGCUAAAUCGCCGCACAUCAACGAACUGGAGAAACGCGCUCUACUGCACUACGGCAAGAGUCAACGCUAUCUGGUUAAUCGGCGUCGACAGGAUGUGCGCGAUCAGGCCAAGGAGAUGGCGGAUGCAUCAAAAUCUGUGUCAACUGCAGUACGACGAACGCCGGAGUACGAGGAGCAAGUACGUCGGGCUGCUGAGCGUGAGGGUCGUCGCACACGUCGACGUUGUGAGCGAGAGCGCAACGAUUUGUUGUCCUCUCAUCUGGAUGGCAUGUCCAGCGAUGAUGAGAUUGCCGAUCAACAGCAGGAACAAUGUCAAGCGGCUACAGCGCAAAUCGAAACAGAAGCAGCCGAAGCUUUUGAUGAUGUCACCGAUGAUUUCUGCAAAAUCGAACUGAUACUUGUUAAGUUCUAUGCUUGGCGCAAAACGGACAUCAACUCAUAUCAUGAUGCGUUCGUUAGCCUAUGUCUGCCCAAAUUGCUGGCACCAAUUGUGCGUCACGAAUUGCUUGUGUGGUCACCGCUGCUUGAAGAAUAUACGGAUAUUGAAACAAUGCAUUGGUAUCAAGCCUGCAUGUUGUAUGCAUUCCAACCGGAUGAAACCGUUGAGCGUCUGAAACAGGAUCCCGAUGUUAACCUGGUGCCCUCGCUCAUAGAAAAGAUUGUGCUUCCAAAAGUUAACUCUUUGGUUACAGAAUGCUGGGAUCCAUUGUCAACAACGCAAACGUUGCGUCUUAUUGGAUUUAUUAAUCGCUUGGGCCGCGAAUUUCCGCUUCACAGCAGUAAUAAGCAACUGAGAAAGCUUUUUGAGUCAAUUAUGGAACGAAUGCGUCUAGCGCUCGAAAAUGAUGUAUUUAUACCCAUAUUUCCUAAACAAGUGCAGGAGGCCAAGGGAUCGUUUUUUCAGCGUCAGUUUUGUAGUGGUCUGAAACUAUUUCGAAAUUUUCUCAGCUGGCAGGGAAUUCUGGCAGACAAACCGUUGCGGGAGCUAGCAAUUGGAGCACUCUUAAAUCGCUAUCUUCUGCUAGCCAUGCGCGUGUGUACGCCAAAUGAUGCCAUUGGCAAAGCCUAUAUAAUUGUGAAUACCCUACCAACUGUUUGGUUGGUGCCCAACAGCGAUACGCUUAAGAAUAUGGAGCUAUUCAUUAACUAUAUUCGACAAACGUUGGAAAAUUGUGAUGCUAAAAAUCCACUUUUCAUCCAAUCCUGUGAGAAGGCGAAGCAAAUACUACAAAGACUACAUAGCUUAUAAAGUGCAACCAACAUACAUAUAAUAUCAAACUAUGCUUAUCAUAAUUAAAUCUUAGCUCAAUGAUGGGUUUCUACAAUCAAAUACUCUGUCGGGUAUUUCAUACAACUUGGCUCAAAACUGUUAAAAAUUAUUACUCAAAAAUUGUUCUUAUGAAAAAAAAAAACAAAUAUUGUACAUAAUUCUAAUAGCAUACGUUAAUUGUAAUAUUUGAAAUGUGGUCUAACGCUAAAACAUCUAAUUUUCAAAUAUAAAUCUAUCAGUAGAAUUAAAGCCAUUAAAUCUCGGUUGGAGAAAACACCUCCAUAAUUUUCAAUCUAAAAAGUGAUACAAAUUGUGACACGAGUUUUUUUUUAAACCUUUAUUGAUUGUAUUCAGGAGACUUGUGUGCAUAGCAAUAAUAAAACAAUUUUUAAAUUAUGUACACAAUACUUAA